AUGUCAGCACCGUCUAGCCAAAAGGGCGGCAUUGAACCCCCGGAUGAGAUUUCCUGGAUAGCUGCUCAAGGCUUUAUGACCGGCGUUUUCCGCUUUGGCUCUGUUUCCAUCCUAGCUCAUAUGAUCCUUGCCCUACCCCACCCCUUCGUCUUCUCCGCACCAAGUCCGCCCGCGUAUCCCGCGACACAACCCCGUCCACGCCCAUCCAUCUUCUCCCGCGAUUAUCUUCGCUCACGACUAUUCCACCGUCCCCUGGAAGGUUUCUCAAGCUGGAUAUCUCCGGGAUCUCGUGUCUACCGUGGUCUGACGCCACAAUUCAAGGUCUUUCUGCAAGUUGCAGCUAUGACUCUGGGUGGUUGUAUCUGGCAAGAGAAACGCGUGACAGAAUACAUCGAGCUAGUGAGACGAAUCAAACGUGCAGAGCGAGUGGAAGCCGAAAGAGCACAGGGGAAUCGUCGGUAA